AUGGAAUCUCUUGAGUCAUUGUCAUCCUCUUCCUCGCUGGCUUGGAAUUCCUCCCCAUCGCUCUCCAUUUGCUGCCUACCCUGUGCCUCUCUCCCUGAACCCCUGACAGUAGUCAAAUUAGAAGAAGUAGAAGAUUUUGGAAUUUUCAUGGAGAGGUUUUUGGCUGGGAAGGGUAAGGAUGAAUUGCUACUCUAAAAUGAAUCACUCUUGUCCCUUCAUCUUUAUCCUUUGACAACAGAUUAAAGAAUUUCUCUCUGUGUUAAGGAACCUUUUCACAAUGCCAUGUCUGAUGCCAUAGGUUACUCUGAGGGAAUUCCACAUCCAUGCAUCACAAAGCGUCUCCAACUGAGACUCCAACUACACCAUUUUAUGCCACUGAUGACUGGUGUCCAUUGAUGCCGAAGGGAGGGUAUAGAUCUGGCCAACUCCCAAAGGAAAUCAGGUGGAUUUGUAUGCUGUCUGCAUCAGGAUGCAGCAGCUACAAAUCAUUACAAGCUGGAACACCCAAUGCUUAAUCAAGUGUAGAGAUUUGUGUCAAGUUAAGUCAGAAACCCAGACAGUGUCUCUAAAUGUUGCAAGUAUUCACUUCCACACCAUAUAAGGAAACUGCCAGAGUGGGAAGGAAGGGGGCUGGAGGAAGGCUAGACUGACCUCAGCCCACCCAUCACUCUCUCAUCACACAGGGAUGGGAAGCACAGCAGGGAGCCUUAAAAUGCAGAACUCUUCUGCAAAUUCCUUCUCGGAGAAAGUGUUUGAUGAAGGUGGAUGGUAUUAAUUCAGCUUCUGUUUAAUGGUUUGUACCACUGCUGGUUCUUAAAAUGAUCCCUUAAAAUUGUUUUAAUGGACUUUAUAUGUUCAUACUGCUUCCCUCUGAUUUUUUUUUUUUUUUAAUCUGAUCUACAUUUUAUGCCAACUCAACUUCUUUCUCAUCAGUACUUGCAAGUUUAUGGCUGGACCAUGUGGAAGGCUGGUACACUCACAAGGAUGACUUCAAUAUUCUGUUUCUUACCUAUGAGGAAAUGAAGAAGGUAAGUUAUCAAAAUGCUAUCCAGUCCGAUAUUAAGCAUCCAGCAAACUCACCUUUACAAAAUGGAGGAAGGAAGCAAUUUGAUUAUUCCAGUGCCCUCAGCUGCUCUUUUCCCAGCUGCUCUCGCUUCCUUUCCAAAAGAUUUUUCAAAGCCGAGCAGGCCAUGGAUUCGGGUGCAGCUUUUCAGACCCUAGACUGCGAAAAGUGCACUGUAACCAUUUCCCCUGAGGGAUUAUGGGGCUAUAAAUAAAGUGUCAUGAUCCCAAGCAAGAUAUGUCAUUUCACAGGCCCUCUGAUGCUGAGGAGAGAUGUCACAGAACCUCCCUUGUGUCUGCAACAGGGACAUUUAUUUAUUUACUUGUGGACUCAGAGCUGCCCCAGAAUAUAAUGCAUUCUGCAUGGCACAUGGAAUUAAAGCAACAAUGAAAGUAUAAUGCAAUGGCAAUUAUUACAAAGUAGGCAAAGAAAGAUGCAGGCUGCUUGUUUCCCCUGCUUGUAAUCCUGCCUUUUCCAUGAGUUUUAGUCUCUAGGCUUUCAGGUUUCUCUAUUGUGGGUGGCCUGACAUUAAAACCACGUUCCAUUUCAGGACCUGAGAAGCUGUGUAUUGAAAUUAUGCAACUUCCUGGGAAAGAGACUGACGGAAAAGGAGGUGGAUGUUGUUGUGGAUCAGGCUACAUUUAAUAAAAUGAAAGCAGAUCCCAGGGCAAACUAUGAGUUCCCUUCACCAGAUCGCAUGGACCACAACAAAGGACAUUUUCUUCGCAAAGGUAAGUUAAUGGUAGAAAAAACUGAUUUGGUGCUUCUUGUAGAAUCCCCUACAGAUUCACCUGAUAUUUACACUGAUAUGUGAUAGCUACCAAGUAAUGGUGAUUUCAUUUUUCCAGUCUUCAUGAAACUCUCAGUUUCUGUUACUCCCUAAUUUUAGAGUUGUUCUAUUAUGUACUUCCCCUGUUGUUUUUUCCUUGUUCUAAAUAGGAGGUUUUCUUCACAAUUGUAAUUUAUGGUAGAUCAAACUGACAUAUUCACCUGACAAUGGCAUCUAGGGAUGGAAUAUAUCUGGAGUUAUGGAUAUUUAUUUGACCACCACAAUGCACUUUCUUUCUGUCUGCUUCCUGGGCCAGGCACUGUUGGGGACUGGAAGAACAUGAUGACAGUCGCACAAAGUGAAAGGUUUGACAGUGUUUUUAAGGAGAGAAUGGAAAAGCUGCCCAUCAAGUUCUGCUGGGACAUCCAUGAGGAAUCAUGAGUCUGCCUUCAGCCUGGAAGGAUGAAAUAGAGUGCACUGUGUGCAUUUAAUCCAGCCCUAUUUAUAAGAUUCAGCAGAAUAUUCUCAUGUGGCUUAAUAGCUUCCUAACAUUCAAAUAUGUGCAUUAAUGUUUUUAAAACACCACAAUAAAAUUACAUUUGUACUCUCCGCUUCUUGUCUUUCUACAUUCCAACAUGUCCUAAUUUCUGAGCCCAUGUGCAAAUGUUAAGGAAUCCCAGGAUAUCUAUUGGGAUUAGUAAUUGUGUUUUAAUUUGGCAGUGUUACAAUGAGGCUACCAUUGGAUUAUUGUAAUUGAAAUUUAAUAAAAAAUAUUCUUAAAAUAAGCAAACUAACCAACUAUUGGUGUCCCAGAUGCACUGGCGGAGGAAGCGGGGUGUGGGCCACCCCUGGUGUCAUCCCUGAGGGGGGGUCACAUUGCUGUGCUGCCCCCCCCCAAAAGAUGCUCACCGCUUGCCAUGGGCGGCGCCCCCCUGAUAUGCUCACCCCGCGCCCGGGUGCCAGAGCAACUACCUCUGCUUCUGCCCAGACGGCAAUGUAAAUCAUCCCACUCACUCAUGUCAUCUAUUUAUUUGUUGGUGGUGGAAUUCAACUUCACGCUCUUCCAAUCAUUCCAUCAGGACAAACAUUCCAGCCUGCUGGUUGGCACAACCCCUCCUCACCUUCAUUCCUUCUGCACUGUUCUUGGGGUUCUCCUGACCCCCCUCAGAGUCAAUUUUGAGGGUGUGUGGGGAAUAUGUGGGGAGAAGUGGGGGAAAUGGACAGUGUAUGUUUGAUCCCCAUAGCAAUCUCCUUCAUGGGUCAGAUUGAAAAGGAGGAAUUUCCAUUGGGAUCAUGGAGCAGAGAGAAAGGGUUAAAGCAAAUUUUGGAUGCCAUAGAACCUGGAUCAGAAGUUCCAACUGCUACUUUUAAAUCUUAAGAAAUGAUGUCAUGAGUUCCAUCACAGAGGGAAACAUCACAGAGGGAAUGGUUGGAUCCUGAAAAUCAAUGGGACGAGCUCAGGAAGGUGGGGCUGAAUAACCCUUGGGAAGGUCUUAGCCAGAUGCAAGAGGUGAAAUGAGGAUCCCAAGAAGCGUCUGAGCCCAGGGAGAAGGCCAGUAGUCUAGAGAACAGAGAGGCACCAAGCGGGUUGGCAGAAAAAUGUUCUGCCCCUGUAACGUUGGACAUUCCAAACCAGAGACCGCCUGCUGUGGAACAACCUUGGUGCCUCUUCCAGUCAGCAAGAAGCCUUCUCCUUCAGAGGAGAGAACUAGAGUAAAUUGGAUGCUGAUCCAUUGCCAAUGAUGCCUGCAUCUCCAAGGACACACAGAUGCUAACACAUGCAAAAAUCCUUGCAGACCCAACCCACCUGUAGGGAUCCUUGUUUGCUUGCUUGUCUCCUUAGAGAGCUUAGGUCCCAGGUAUUCUUGCAACAGGGCCCAAGCACGGGACAUGUGAAGGGAGAAGGCUGCAAUUUGCCACAUCCUGAAGGUCUAGGAAAAUUUAGCCCAGGGUCCAACCUAGGCCUGAGAGCAGCAGUCAAACACAUCAGGCCCUGGGCAAGGUCUCAGGAGCUCAGAGGGGCACAUCACUAGUCCCAGCCUGACCCCACUGCCCAUCUCUGAGAGAUUGGGCUGGAGCUGACAGCAAAGCAGUGAAGAAGCCCUCUGCAUCCUACCCCCACAAUCUAUGUCAAGAAAGACUUCUUAUGCCAUCCUGUUGCAUGCCACCCCAAUUUUGAGCAGUGCAAGAUCCCAGGGGUUCCAAGUGCUCUGAGGUACGGGAGGUAGACAAAGUUGUGGAGCUGCCCAAGCCCAAGACAUUGAAAGUGUUUUGCAGGAUAAAUUUGGACAGUUUAGCAAGGAGAACACAGGAGGCUAUCAAGUGUAUUUUUUAUGCAAAGUUAUUCCUGAAAACAUUAGCUUUAGAUGAUAAACAAAAACAAAAAGAAGCCAUUUCUGCAUGUGGCAUUGUUUACUGGGAAAUAGCUUUCAUGGAAUUCUGACUAAAAUGACUGGGAGCUGUCCAUCUUGAUGUGGACUCUGAAAAUCCUUCAAAAUCUUUGAAGGGUGGGAAUUAUUGCUCCAAUAUAUUGGAUUUGAAAGUUUAUUCUUGGGCUUGAGUCAUAUUUGAUCUCAGAUAUGCUGUGUGCAAAUGAAAAAGGUUGCUACUUUUCUUGGACAGAUUUCUAAAACAACCAGUGCUAAUUAUUUAAUAAGUUUUAUAUUAAUAAUAAUAAUAAUAAUAAUAAUAAUAAUAAUUUAUUUAUUUAUUUAUAUCCUGCCCAUCUGGCUGGGUUUUCCCAGCCACUCUGGGUGGCUUCCAACCGAAUAUUAUAAAUAAUACAGCACCAGACAUUAAAAACUUCCCUAAAAAGGGCUGCCUUCAGUUGACUUUUAAAAGUAAAAUAGUUGUUUAUUGCCUUGACCUCUGCUGGAAGGGCAUUCCACAAGGCAGGAACCACUACCGAGAAGGCCCUCUGUCUGGUUCCCUGUAACCUCACUUCUCACAGCGAGGGAACUGCCAGAAGGCCCUCGGUGCUGGACCUCAGUGUCCGGGCAGAACGAUGGGGGUGGAAACGCUCCUUCAAGUAUACAGGACUGAGGCCAUUUAGGGCUUUAAAGGUCAGCAUCAACACUUUGAAUUGUGCUCGGAAACGGACUGGGAGCCAAUUAAGAUCAUUCAGGACCGGUGGUCUCGGCGGCUACUCCCAGUCACCAGUCUAGCUGCCUCAUUGUGGAUUAAAACAAAAAGGGAUAAUUUUGGAGUUAAAGUUGGUGUUAUUGGGGUGUAAGUCAGUGCAGGCAUAUGUGUACAAAUAGACAUCCAUUGGUGAAUCUCAGGUCUCUCGUACCAUUUGAGCCCAUUUUCUACUAGCGGACCAGAUGUAAUACUGCAUUUAUUUGUUAAACGGACAAAGUCCACUGUUGAUAUUGGCUGUUGCUUGUGUAAAGAAACAAAUUCUUCCCCUGUUGUUCUUUACAUUUUGUGCCUAGAUGAUCCUGUUUUAUCGUUCUUUUCUUGCAUAACUUGCCAGGAAUGAUUUACUAAGGAGGAGCCAUCGAUUUAAUCAAACUCUUAUUAGUUAACAGAAUUCUAUAAAGCAGUUUCCUUUGAGAGCUCUGAACGUGAGCCUUGAAAAGCUGAAAUACUCCAAGCUACAGAAGAAAUCAGUCUCUCCCUCUCUCUUGCACACUUUUUGACUCUAAAAACAAAAGGUAGGUAAGUUUUCUUGUUAAUUAAACUUUCCAGGGAAAAGCAGGACUACUGAAUGACAAACAACUAAUCUACUCUUUCUUGCAAGAGUUCCUAGGGGCAACAAGGUAUUUCAUCAGAUGCAUGGAAACUCUUUUCACAGUUCAUAUUAUUUUAUGGUGUCACACAGAAUGCAACAUUUGUGCUACCAGAGAUUAAUAGUUAUUUUGAGGGGACUGAAUGUGAACUCCCAUUGUGCAAGUGGAACCCUGCUCAUUCGGCAUGGGAUACAACCCUUAAUUUAUAUAUUGGAAAAUCAAACGGAGUAUUAUUCUUGUUACUAUUUUGGACAUACAAUGUUUUCCACUAAAUGAUUGUUGUAUUUCUUAGCGAUGAAACACAAGACUUAUAUAGAGAAUUAAAGUGAUUUUUCUGUCUUCAUGGCACUUUAUUUCUUUAUCACUUUUAAGCCAUGGAUUCUAUUUUUAUUUAAAUGUUUAUAAAGCACCCAUUCAUCUAUAAUAUCACCAGGUGGUAUAUCUCGAUGUCAUGCAUCAUAUUCUAUAUUAUGGCCUGAAAUGUCGUAACAGGUACAGUGGUGCCUCGCAAGACGAAAUUAAUUCGUUCCGCGAGUUUUUUCGUCUAGCGAAUUUUUCAUCUUGCGAAGCACGAAAUCCCAUAGGAAUGCAUUGAAAUCCAAUUAAUGCGUUCCUAUGGUCAAAAAAAGUCCAAACAAAGCCAAAUUUGGUACAACAAGAGUUUAUUAAGUGCUCUUUAAAGUCACACAUACUGUAAAGAGCAUUUCAAAAAUUGAAGGAACAAUAAAUUAAGUUUCUAAACAUGACAGGAAAAACAUUUAAAAAUCAACAAAGUGUACAUUACAUUUUCUAAGACUCUGGGGGACCACUCGAAGAAGGUUCCUCUUCCACUCUUUGCUUCUUGCUUAAGAACCUGUCCAUGGUCUGCUGCUUCAUCCGCCUUUUCAGCACCUCCCUGAAAGGCGACAUGACCGUCGUAUCAAAAGUGUUCGCAAGGUCAUGUGCCACGUGCUUGUUAGGGUGGUUCCGCUCUGCAAAGCCUGCACAUCCUUCCACUUCAUGCAAAUGUCCCUCAGUUCUUUGGAGGACAGCCGUUCCUCAGUUGCUUCCUCCUCUUCCAGCGAGGCCUGCUCCUGCGCAGCUUCUGCCUGCAGUUCGACCAGCUCCUGGGGGGUCAGCUCGUGGUCGUGCUCCUCCACCAGCUCGCAGACGUCCUCCUCUGUGACCUCCAGGCCCAUGGUCCUCCCCAAGGCAACAAUGUCCUGUACCACUGUUGACUCUGGUGCAUCAGAGUCACUUGGUGCCACACAGUCCGGCCACAGGCUGCGCCAAGCGCAAUUCAAAUUUCUCUGGCUGAUCCCUUUCCAGGCCGUGGUGAUCAUCUUCAAGCAGGUGACGAUGUCGAAGUGGUCCUUCCAGAAUUCCCACAGGGUGAUGGUGGUGCAAUCAGUCACCUCAAGCAUCGCCUGAAAAGCUCCUUGGUGUAGAGUUUUUGAAAUUGGCGAUGACCUGCUGAUCCAUCGGCUGGAGCAGUGGCGUGGUGUUAGGUGGCAGGAACAUGAUGUUGAUGAAGCUGAACUCCUCCAACAAGUCCUCCUCAAGGCCUUUAGGAUGAGCAGGAGCAUUGUCCAUCAGAAGCAAAGCCUUCAGCGGCAGGUCAUUGUCCAGCAGGUACUGUUUGUCAGCAGGGCCAAAAGCAAGAUUAACCCAGUCCACAAACAGCACACGUGUGACCCAAGCCUUACUGUUGGAUCGCCACAUGACACUCAGCUGCUCCUUGUCGACCUUGUGUUUCUUGAAGGCCUGUGGGUUCUCCGAGUGGUACACCAGCAGGGGCUUGAUCUUCAGGUCGCCGCUUGCGUUGGCACAGAAGAGCAGGGUCAGACGGUCCUUCAUGGGCUUGUGGCCAGGCAACUUGGCCUCCUCCUGAGUGAUGAAAGUCCUUUUCCAAAACAGCCCGGUCUCGUUGCAGUUGAAGACCUGCUGUGGAACGUAGCCCUCCGUCUUCACAGCCUCCAGGAACUCCAAUGCAAAGUCUUCAGCCGCAGGAACAUCAGAACUGGCAGCCUCUCCAUGCCUGACCACGCUGUGGAUUCCAGAUCUUGUCUUGAACCAGUCAAACCAGCCUCUGCUUGCCUUGAAGACUUCUGGCUCGCCUGAGGUUCCUGGCUGUUCCCGGACGAGGUCUGCGUGCAAGGCCUUGGCCUUCUCACAAAUCACGGCCUCAGUCACUGUGUCCCCUGCACGCUGCUUCUCUUCUAACCAGAUGAGCAGCAACUUCUCGACCUCCUCCAGAACAGCUGGGCGGUUCUUCACGAUCCUGGUGACUCCCUUGGCUGCAUCAGUCGCAAAGAUCUUCUCCCUCAUCUUCAGGAUGGUGCCUAUGGUCGAUGGGUUCCUGCCGUACUCCCUGGCAAGGUCUGUCACACGCAUUCCACCGUCGUGCUUCCGGAUGAUCUCCUUCUUCAUUUCCAGCAUCACCUUCUCCUUCUUCCUCUCACCGGCCUCUGCAGCAGCAGUCUUCUUGGGUCCCAUGGCAGCACAGCUCCUAGCUUCGUAAACUCAGAAAAAGAAAAAAAAAUCAGUGCUUCACACCCAAAAAAUUCAAAAGCACCCAGCCACCCACCACACAGGAAUUCAAACCCAGAACCAAGUCCUUGAAUUCCAAACACCCAACCCAAAAUCCAAAAACCCCCCAAAAAGUUUUAAAAGUUUAAUUUACGAAAUGGCUGCAAAUCACCAAAGUCUUCAAAAUCCUCAAAUGGCUGCAAAAGAAGUUUUGGAAAAGCUUUAAAAAUCACCAAAGUCUUCAAAAACCUCAACUGUUCCCCCAGCCACCCACCCACCACACAGAAAUUGCAAACCCCUCCCCAACUGUUGCAAACCCCUCCCCAACUGUUGCAAACACCUCCCCAACUGUUCCCCCAGCCACCCACCAUACAGAAAUUCAAACUCAGAAUUUUUUUUUGGAAAAAAAAACAUGGCCCAAUGGUCACAGAAAGUCAUAAAAAUGCAGAAAAAACCACACAAGCUCCCAGAUUCUUGCAAACCCCUCCCCAGCUGUUCCCCCAGCCACCCACCACACAGAAAUUUAAACUCAGAAUUUUUUUUGAAAAAAAAAACAUGGCCCAAUGGUCACAGAAAAUCAUAAAAAUGCAGAAAAAAACCACACAAGCUCCCAGAUUCUUGCAAACCCCUCCCCAACUGUUCCCCCAGCCACCCACCACACAGAAAUUCAAAUACAGAAUUUUUUUUUGGAAAAAAAGCAACAUGGCCCAAUGGUCACAGAAAAUCAUAAAAAUGCAGGAAAAAAACACACAAGCUUCCAGAUUCUUGCAAACCCCUCCUCAACUGUUCCCCCAGCCACCCACCACACAGAAAUUCAAACCCAGAAUUUUUUUUUUAAAAAACAGCAGAGUGCCCCAGUGGUCACAGAAAAUCAUAAAAAUGCAGGAAAAACCCACACAAGCUCCCAGAUUCUUGCAAACCUCUCCCCAAACCAAGUCCUUGAAUUCCAAACACCCCAACCCAAAAUCAACCCCCCCCAAAAAAGUUUUAAAAGUUUAACUUACCAAACGGCUGCAAAAGAAGUUCUGGAAAAGCUUCAAAAAUCAGCAAAGUCCUCAAAAACCUCAAAAAAGGCUACCACACCACGUGCAAUGUGUUGCUCCUCGAAGUCAAGUCACAACUGCACCUCUUCAAGCAAUGCACCCUGGGUAUUAACGGUUUUACGAAAAAGGAAACAAACUUACAAGAUGUUUUCGUCUUGCGAAGCAAGCCCAUAGGGAAAUUCGUCUUGUGAAGCAGCUCAAAAAACGGAAAACCCUUUCGUCUAGCGAGUUUUCCGUCUUGCGAGGCAUUCGUCUUGCGGGGUACCACUGUAUAAAAGGCCUGGCGACAACUGGCGACAACUUUGGUUUCCUCAGCACCCAAUGGAGCCUUGAACUUUCUCCCAUAACAAUUCCCCGCCUCCUUAUACCAUGCACAGUGCCCACCCUUGCAAGUGCCUUCCUUGUCAGAUGCUACAUGGGAGGAGAGAAAUUGGCGCAGGGAGGAGGCAAAAAAAGAAGAAGAAAGAUCUAUUUUGGCAGUGGUGUCUCAGUAUGGGAACACCUGCCCAACAGGGCCCAUUGUAUGUCUAGCCAACUCUCUGUAUUAUCAUAGAUGAAGCUGAGGGCAGCACUCCCUCCAUGGAACGUCCUUGGGCACCACAUUUCAGCAGCAGUUUCAGCCAGAGCUGGCAAUGGAAGCCAGAUGGGCGGUGAAGAAUACCUUUCUCUUUGUCACCCUGUGGUCCCCAGGCACAUCUAUGGUUUGGUCCCAGGAGGCCCGGAAAAUACGUCAUCCCAAUUUCUUGAAGCUGAUCAAGAACCCAGGAGGAAUUGGCAAGAGUUCCCAACAGAGUCUGUCUUUCAUUUUCCCUGGAUCCAUUUACAGGGAGCAGUUUUUGCUUCCUUCCCACCUCCCCUGAGUACAAGAAUGAGUGUCAGGAUAGUAGCACUGACCAAACUAUGAUGCCAGGCAGCAUAAAGUGAGGCCAAGGGCUGCUAUUUUGCCUGCUGCACACAUGCACUUCAGAAAUAACUAUUUCAGGGUGAAAGAGAAAAGCCUUAUUGUGUAGGGCAAAGCCAGCUUUGAGUUGAAAGCAGCACAAUUUUAAUAAACACUUAAAGCAAGGGGGAAAUAAUGCUUUGUUGCCUCAAUGAUGGGUCAAGUCUCUGUUCUUUAAAUGAUGGACCUUUAUGUUGCUCACCUGUGAUGGAAGAGAAGUAUGGGAUUCUGCUACGGGGUCUGCAAAAAGAGUAGGAUUUGACAAAAUGACAACUCUAUUUCUUUGUGAUUUCCCAUUGUCGCAUAAUAGAGGGAACUAUUCUCUUCUCUUUAUUCUUAGGCAGGGAAUGCAACCAGACGAGAAAUACCUUUUCACAUACAAAGGAUUUUAUUUCCAGUCAGUAUUUACUUCAGUGGAGUACUUAGAUUCGCUGGAAGAUUUUGAAAUAAGAGACAGUGAUGUAUUUAUAGUCACUUAUCCAAAAUCAGGUAAGAGUACAAUUUCGUAGGUUGAACCAUCAUUUCAAUUCAACCCUGAUGGAUACCCACAUAUAUCUACAUAUUAUCUGUAUUAUCCUAACGCAAGUUUAAAACCAAAUGCAAAAUUGAGGUCAAUGUGGGUAGUAUGGAACUUACCUGGUUACAUAAAGGUGAACUACACCAUGUUUUGUUUUGCUUCAAAAAAAAGAUAUGAAAUAAUGAGUUUUCCACCAGUGUCAACCUGUAUGAGGUUUGGAAAACAACAUAAAUACACAUCAAAAACAUUCAAAUGUGCUUGCUAAGGGUUUAUUGUAUUCACUGACUUUCAGGAUUUUGUAUGUAGUGGUAAAAUGAUGAUUGUAAAAUUCUAUUCGUAAGAACUUUCAUCCUGUGACUUUUUAUUUCAGCAUUUAUCUGCCACAAUUUUGCCAAUAAUAACAGGGGUCCGUAUCCAAUGCAGUUGUGCCCUCCAUUCAAUAACUUCCACUUCCACACCAGAACUUCCUUCACUCUUCUCUCCCCUUGUGUCCCCAGUGUUCCCCAAAUCUGCCUUGGAGGAUUGGUGGGGUGGGGAAGACACAAUAACCGGGAGUGGGAGAGGAGAGAGAGGGAAAGUUCUGCAUUGUAUAGGCAUUUAAGACUUGGGCGACAUGAAGAAAGGAUUCUGCAACUGCCUUUUGCCUAUUAUGUUUGUCUCACUGGCCAUUUGUCAACAUUCCUGUUUCUGGAAUACAUUGAUAAAAAAAUCAUAGUUUGAAUGUGCUGAAUCAAAGUACUUUGGAGAAUCAGACAACCUUUUUUUUAUUCCCUGGACUUUGUCUAUCAUUUGUAUAAUGUGCUGUGAAGAAUCUGGAAUAGAGUUUUUGGUAGCUUUCUGAACAAUAAAGGACCUUAUUAGCAAAUAUUUUUUCUGUCUUCCCAAAUCCUCAAAUUCUGUGAAACCUUUAGGUCAGGGGUCGGCAACCCGCGGCUCCGGAGCCGCAUGUGGCUCUUUUACACCUUUGCCGCGGCUCCGGGGCGGAUACUAGAGCUACCCAUGUACCCCCAGCAGCCAAAACAAAAUGCCACAAAAUGAGUGAAUGAUUUCCCCCCCAAAAAAUUUACACAACAAACAUAAAAAGAAUAAAUUGAUCUUACAUUACAUAUACAUUACAUUCUCGCUGCAAGACGCCACAUUACAGGGAAACAAGCAGGGGCAGAGGCGAGGGAGCGUCCCUCAAUUUCCUGCUGGCGUGAGAAGCGUAGAAAGUACCCGGCCAUCCCGUGAAGUCUUUUGCGGCGGUUGCCAGAAAAUGCCUGUGAAAACGCAGCCUGCCGGGACUCGGUCCCUGAGCGCCAUGUCGGCCAGACAGGGCUUUUUGCGCCCGCUUACAAAGCUGCCACAUGUCGGACGCUCCCUCGCCCGCUUUGACAGGCGCCUUCGGCCAGCUCGAACCCGCCCCCCAGACCCGCCUCCUCCAAUCGGCCCCUCGGGAGGCUCGCGCGCCGGGCGAUUGGCCGAGCGGGAACCGGCCGUGGGCGGCUUGCAGCCCCGCGGCAAUUAUUACUAUUAAUACUAUUAUUACUAUUGCCACCAUCAUUAACAGCAUCAUUGUCAUUUUUCUUAAUUAAAUAUAAUCUCAGGGGACCUCAGCCCUUGCCACUUAAUGCUCGGUUUAACCUUCACUCGCUUCUUAGGUUAAAACCUUAUUUAAUUUUUUUAAUGGUAGCACCUUAUCCCUUUUGGUUUCUCCAUUGCAUUUUCUUCCCCUGACAGACAAAAUCCUCUCCCUCAGAGGCAUCCGCGUACCCCCCUCACACCCCCACACCCCAGCUCCAUUACUACUACUACCUCUGUGGAUUUCUUUAAGACCGUCCAACUUGUCGCCUGUGUGAGGGAGUUCCAUGGUUCAAUUGUGCGCUGGGUGAAAAAGUCCUCUCUUUCCUCUGCCCUGAAUCUUUGAACAUUCGGCUUCUUGGGAUGUCCACAAGUUCCGGUGGUCCACAAGAGAGGGGGAAAAGCUUUUCUCUACCCUCUUUCUCCAUUCCAUUUGCCAACUUCCUAUCAUGUCGCCUCUUCUCUAAACUAAGAUUACCAGUUUGUUUUUUCAAUGAAUCCGGGGACACUUUUCAACAUCCUAUUAAAUAGAUUUUGCCAGGGGACUGAUUUGUAAAUCUGGGGACUGUCGCCGGGAAACGGGGACGUCUGGUAACCUUCCUCAAAACUAAAAAGUCCCAAAUGCUGCAACCUUUCUUCGCAGGGGGGUGCCCGGGAUUCCAGUGCUAUUUUUCUAGAGAAAGUGGUGCCAAAACUCGCCCUGAAUGCCUCCCUUGUUCUCUUAGACUGGCAAUGGCACCCACCUGAGAGGGUGGGGAGGAAAACCCUGCUUGGAUCAUUUCAGUUGCUCUUUUCUGAAGUCCAGUUUGUUUUCUACUGUUUUGUAAGUUUUGCGGCUCCCAGUUUUUUUUCCCUUCGGAAAUGGGUCCAAGUGGCUCUUUUUGUCUUAAAGGUUGCAGACCCCUGCUUUAGGUGAACUUCGCAUUUCUCAUCUACAAUGGAAAGGAAUCCUUGGUCAAUGUUCCUCAUUCACCCUUUGCUGCCCCUAUUUCAGUGGUGGUCUGUGUGACACCAAAAUUUGGUGCUCCCCACCUCUCACCUUCUAUUUGACAUCAUAGUGUUGGCAACCCGUGCAGCCAGGUCCCUAAAUCUGCCUCUGCUUGCUGUGUUGAUUCCCUUCCUCUCUCUCAUUUCUUUUCAGUGUUGCAAUUCAGAUAGUAAGCUCCAUGAUGCAGAGUCAUGUUGUUUUCAUUUAUUUCACUCUUUAAAGCACUAAGUACAUUCAUGACAAUGAAUGAAAUUAAAGUAAAGGGUAAAGGUACCCCCGACCGUUAGGUCCAGUCGCGGAUGACUCUGGGGUUUUGCGCUCAUCUCGCUCUAUAGGCCGAGGGAGCCGGCGUUUGUCAGCUGGCUUCGCAAUGGAGUCUAUCAGAGCUUGCAGGGCAGCAGUUGAAGAAAGAGCAAAAAGGGUUUUCUUGUGUGUGUGUUUCUUUGUGGCUGAUUAGCUGCUCUCCCUGUGCAAAGGUCAGAGGGGGCAGGGUUUCUGUUGAGGCAGGUGAUUAGCUGUGGGAGGAGCUUAUCAGAGCUUGCAGGGCAGGAGUUGAAGAAGGAGCAAAAAGGGUUUUCUUGUGUGUGUGUGUUUCUUUGUGGCUGAUUAGCUGCUCUUCCUGUGCAAAGGUCAGAGGGGGCAGGGUUUCUGUUGAGGCAGGUGAUUAGCUGUGGGAGGAGCUUAUCAGAGCUUGCAGGGCAGCAGUUGAAGAAGGAGCAAAAAGGGUUUUCUUGUGUGUGUGUUUCUUUGUGGCUGAUUAGCUGCUCUCCCUGUGCAAAGGUCAGAGGGGGCAGGGUUUCUGUUGAGGCAGGUGAUUAGCUGUGGGAGGAGCUUAUCAGAGCUUGCAGGGCAGCGCGCGUGCAGUUUGAUCCACCUUUUAGAUUCAGGGGAGCUAGUCCCAAACGUUUGUUGGGGGAGAUCUAGGUUUUUUGUGGGGGGAGUUAUUUGUCCUGUCUUCACACUUUUUAUGAUGGAGGACCGCUGUAGCCACCCCCAACGACACGUUCUCAAGAUGAAGGGGGAGGGAACAGCUGCAGUCGCCUGCGGUUCCUGUGCAAUGUUUGCCAUCUUGCAAAAGUUUGCAGGCAGCUUUACCUGCAGCAAUUGCAUGUUGAUUGCCCUCUUAAAAGACAAAGUCCAGCAACUGGAGGGACGUGUAGCUACGCUCCAAAGAAUUAGAGAGCUGGAGCUCUUCUUGGAAGCAACAGAGCACACCGUCUCCACCAAAGAGGAGACAGGGGACUCCCCUGAGAAGGAGGCUAGUUCACCAACACAGGAGCCAGAUAUAUGGAGAAACAUGACUCAUAGAAGUAGGAGGCCCAGGGUUCGCUCUGAUUGUUUAGAAAUACACAAUCGCUUUGAGGUCCUCUCCCCUAGCAUGGAAGACGAAGAGCAGACUCCGUUUCAGGAUCUCUCCCACAUUACAGUUGAUCAGGUAUAUGAAGACAAGCAGCAAAGUCAGUCCUCAGGGAAUGUGCAGGUGACCUUGGAACGGACAGCUCACGGAAGAACCCCGACCAAACCUAAGAGGAGGCGUGUAGUGGUGAUAGGGGAUUCCCUACUGAGGGGAACAGAAGCAGUGAUCUGUGGGCCUGACAAGAUGUCUCGGGAAGUGUGUUGUCUCCCCGGGGCUAAGAUCCAAGAUGUAACUGAACGACUGCAAGGAAUCAUAAAACCCACUGACAAAUGCCCCUUCCUCUUGGUUCAUGUGGGAACCAAUGACACUGCAAGCAAUAGCCUCCAGAAGAUCAAAAGAGACUACGAGGCUCUGGGCAGGAAAUUGAAGCAAUUAAAUGCACAAAUUGUCAUCUCAUCUGUCCUCCCAGUUGAACGACGUGGCCCAGGGAGAGAGGGAAAAAUAGUGGAAGUGAACAGCUGGCUUCGCAAAUGGUGUAAACAGGAACGGUUUGGAUUCUUAGAUCACGGACUGCAGUUUCUUGAAGAUGGACUUCUGGCAAGCGAUGGGCUGCACCUCACAACGGUUGGGAGAAAUGUUUUUGCCAAAAAUCUCAGAAACCUCAUCAGGAGGGCUUUAAACUGACUAAUGUGGGGAGGGAGACAGUGCUCCUGAAGGUAGGAGUCUAUCAAUUGAUGAAGAUGAUCAUCCAAAUGUCAUAGACCAAAUGGAGCAAACAGCACACAGACCUAGUGGUGGGAGGAAAAAAUCCUUAAAUAAGAGACACGGGGGAAUGAUUAAUGGAUUUCAAUGUCUGUACACUAAUGCGCAAAGCAUGGGAAAUAAACAAGAUGAGCUUGAGCUCUUGGUACAGCAAACUAAAUAUGACAUAAUAGGCAUCACUGAAACCUGGUGGGAUAAGUCCCACGAUUGGAAUGUAAUAAUGGGGGGAUACAAUCUAUUUCAGAGAAACAGACCAGACAAGAAAGGAGGAGGAGUGGUGUUAUAUGUCAGGGAUGUGUAUACCUGUGAAGAGAUCCAAGAUUUAGAACCUCAAAGCCAAAGUGAGAGCAUUUGGGUCAAAAUUAAGGGAGAGAAGAAUAGUGACCUCAUUGUGGGAGUUUACUAUAGAUCCCCAAGCCAAAUGGAGGACAUAGAUGAUGCCUUCCUGGAACAGAUGGCCAAGCAUGCAAAAGGAAGGGAGAUAGUAGUAAUGGGGGACUUCAAUUACCCGGAUAUUUGUUGGAUGUCAAACUCAGCCAAGAGCAUAAGGUCAAACAGAUUCCUCACUGGCCUUGCAGACAACUUCAUUGUCCAGAAAGUGGGAGAAGCAACAAGAGGAACAGCCAUUUUAGAUCUGGUCCUAACCAAUGUUGAUGACCUGGUUAGUGGGGUAGAAGUGGAAGGAUCAUUAGGUGCGAGUGAUCAUGCUCCUCUGAAGUUUACUAUACAGCGGAAAGGAGCAGCCAAGCAUACUAGGACUCAAUUUCUUGACUUUAAGAAAGCCGACUUCAUAAAACUUAGGGAAGUGCUGGGUGAGAUCCCAUGGACAGUAAUACUAAAAGGAAAGGGAGUUCAUGAUGGCUGGGAGUUUGUUAAGAGGGAGAUAGUAAAAGCACAACGUCAGGCAAUACCAAUGAGACGGAAACAUGGAAGGUGCCUAAAGAAGCCAGGGUGGCUAUCUAAAGAACUUUUAACUGAGUUAAGAUUAAAAAAGGAUGUGUACAAAAAAUAGAAAAGGGGGGAAACCACCAAAGAGGAAUUCAAACAAAUAGUCAGCACGUGUAGACACAAAGUCAGAAAAGCUAAAGCACAGAAUGAACUCAGGCUUGCUAGAGAGGUUAAAAGCAACAAAAGGCUUUUAUGGGUAUGUUCGUAGCAAAAGGAAGAACAAAGAAACAGUGGGGUCACUCAGAGGAGAAGAUGGUGAAAUGCAAACAGGGGACACAGAAAGGGCUGAACUCCUCAAUGCCUUCUUUGCCUCAGUCUUCUCCGAUAAAGAAAACAAUGCCCGACCUGAAGAAUUUGGAGCAAAUGAUUCAGCAGAGGAAACACAGCCCAGAACAACUAAGGAGAUAGUACAAGAAUACUUGCCUAGUUUAGAUGUAUUCAAGUCUCCAGGGCCAGAUGAACUGCAUCCAAGAGUAUUAAAAGAACUGGCAGAUGUGAUCUCAGAACCACUGGCAGUCAUCUUUGAGAAUUCCUGGAGAACAGGCGAAGUCCCGGCAGACUGGAGGAGGGCAAAUGUUGUCCCUAUUUUCAAAAAGGGGAAAAGAGAGGACCCAAAUAAUUACCGCCCAGUCAGUCUGACAUCAAUACCAGGGAAGAUUCUGGAGCAGAUCAUUAAGCAAGCAGUCUGUGAGCACCUAGAAAGGAAUGCUGUGAUCACCAAUAGUCAGCAUGGAUUUCUGAAAAAUAAGUCAUGUCAGACUAACCUGAUCUCGUUUUUUGACAGAAUUACAAGCCUGGUAGAUGAAGGGAACGCAGUGGAUGUAGCCUACCUUGAUUUCAGCAAGGCAUUUGACAAGGUGCCCCAUGAUAUUCUUGUAAAGAAGCUGGUAAAAUGCGGUCUUGACUAUGCUACCACUCAGUGGAUUUGUAACUGGCUGACUGACCGAACCCAAAGGGUGCUCAUCAAUGGUUCCUCUUCAUCCUGGAGAAGAGUGACUAGUGGGGUGCCACAGGGUUCUGUCUUGGGCCCGGUCUUAUUCAACAUCUUUAUCAACGACUUGGAUGAUGGACUCAAGGGCAUCCUGAUCAAAUUUGCAGAUGACACCAAACUGGGAGGGGUGGCUAACACACCAGAGGACAGGAUCACACUUCAAAACGACCUUGACAGACUAGAGAACUGGGCCAAAACAAACAAGAUGAAUUUUAACAGGGAGAAAUGUAAAGUAUUGCACUUGGGCAAAAAAAGAGAGAGGCAUAAAUACAAGAUGGGUGACACCUGGCUUGAGAGCAGUACAUGUGAAAAGGAUCUAGGAGUCUUGGUUGACCACAAACUUGACAUGAGCCAACAGUGUGACGCUGCAGCUAAAAAAGCGAAUGCAAUUCUGGGCUGCAUCAAUAGGAGUAUAGCAUCUAGAUCAAGGGAAGUAAUAGUGCCACUGUAUUCUGCUCUGGUCAGACCUCACCUGGAGUACUGUGUCCAGUUCUGGGCACCACAGUUCAAGAAGGACACUGACAAACUGGAACGUGUCCAGAGGAGGGCAACCAAAAUGGUCAAAGGCCUGGAAACGAUGCCUUAUGAGGAACGGCUAAGGGAGCUGGGCAUGUUUAGCCUGGAGAAGAGGAGGUUAAGGGGUGAUAUGAUAGCCAUGUUCAAAUAUAUAAAAGGACGUCACAUAGAGGAGGGAGAAAUGUUGUUUUCUGCUGCUCCAGAGAAGCGGACACGGAGCAAUGGAUCCAAACUACAAGAAAGAAGAUUCCACCUAAACAUUAGGAAGAACUUCCUGACAGUAAGAGCUGUUCGACAGUGGAAUUUGCUGCCAAGGAGUGUGGUGGAGUCUCCUUCUUUGGAGGUCUUUAAGCAGAGGCUUGACAACCAUAUGUCAGGAGUGCUCUGAUGGUGUUUCCUGCUUGGCAGGGGGUUGGACUCGAUGGCCCUUGUGGUCUCUUCCAACUCUAUGAUUCUAUGAUUUGUCCGCAGACAGCUUCCGGGUCAUGUGUCCAGCAAGACGAAGCCACUUCUGGCAAACCAGAGCGGCUCAAAUAAAUGCCGGUUACUUUCCUUUCGGAGCGGUACCUAUUUAUCUACUUGCACUUUGAUGGGCUAUUGAACUGCUAGGUGGGCACAAGCUGGGACCCGUCGCGGGGAUUUGAACCACGACCUUCUGAUCAGCAAGCCCUAGGCUCUGUGAUUUAGACCGCAGUGCCACCCACAUCCCCAUAUGAAUGAAAUUAAGUAAACUUAUUCUCGUUUAUAGGCACAAUAUGGACCCAAAAUAUUUUGAGCUUGAUUUAUCAUGAAGGUCACCGAGAUGGAACCGAAAAAGUCGACUUACUAGACAGAGCUCCGUGGCUGGAGUACAAUAUCCGCAAUGUGGAUUAUGUCAAUCGUCCAUCACCUCGCCUCUUUGCUUCCCAUCUACCCUACUAUUUAGUACCCAAGGGAUUAAGGAACAGAAGAGCAAAAGCAGGAAACAGCACAUUUAUUAUUUGAUCAUAUUCAAUGUUUGUCAUGCCUUCUUUAAAUGAACAUCUCAGUUUCCGUUAACAUUUCUCCGUUUUUGAGGGCAGUUCAUCCAGCUGCAAUUCCAUUGUCCAUAUGAAUGAAUAAUGCUCUGUGCACCCUGAGCUUGGAAUAAUUCCCAUGACUCCUAAACAGCACCGAGUUUAUGCUCCACCAUAAUAAAAGUCCUGGAGGGUGUUAAGAAUAAAACAGGUUCUUUUAUCUGAGAUUCAGUGCACUUCAGGCAGAACACAAGUAAGCAGUCUGACAACCAAUAUAUUGGAAUUUAUACAUAACAUUGCUUUAUUGAUUAACAAGCAGAACACAUAACAAGACAAGGGAACAUGCACUCAUUCUCUCACACAAUCACACAUACACUCACCACUCUUCUUCUGGAUCGGGUGGGGAGACAGCGGGAUCCUGGCUGCAUCCGACACACCAACUCUCCUGAAAAGCCUGAUCUUAUAUAGUCCUUUUUGAUGCACAUCUGAAUAUUGGCAUUUCUCAUUGCCUUUGACAUGUUCUUGGCAGUCCUCCACCCUUAGCAUGUUCUUGGCAUAUCACAACUCUCAUGCUCUGCGCCUGGUCUUCUGUAACUUUUGGCACAGUAUGAUACUCAUUGUUUGUAACUAGCAUUGCACAGCCAGUCUUUCCACUUCCUUGCAGGUACAGUACUUUUGCCAGAACAUGCACAUUCCAUUAGCUCUUUGAUCAGCACAAUUUAUUAAUAGUUAAUCAACAGCAUCCAUUUUAUAUGGUGGUCUUCAGCCAUCUUGCAGCCCAUUCAAAACAUGGCAUUCAUUGUGCGAGUACUUGGAGCUCGCAAAGCUGACAGAUGCAAUACGAGAUAAACCUAAAAAGAUGAUGAAAGAAGAAUGGGAAUGUUUAAAUAAUUAUCUAGGGGAUAAGGGUUCAACAAGAAAGACCUGGUUAUGUUUAGAAUGAUACCUCAUAGAGAAAUGUUCCCUGUUACCAAGAUGAGGGAUUCCUUGGAAUGCAGAUUGAGAGAAUUGAUAAGAAUAAUGAUCUGUUGUGACCUUGAUGGAAGCGUACAGUAGAUGAGCCUUUCUGUGUUCUGGCUCUUCUUCUUCUUCUUCUUCUUCUUCUUCUUCUUCUUCUUCUUCUUCUUCUUCCCUUUCCCUUUUCCCUUUCCCUUUCCUUUUUUUCUCAUCCUUCUUCUUAUAUUUUAUGCCAUGUACUUUGAUAUUUUUUGUUGUUUUUUAGCUUUUUUCAUUAUCAUCAUUAUUAAGUAAUUUUCUUUUGUAAUUUUGAUUGUCUAUAUUUAUAUGUAUUUGUUUAAAGCAAAAUAAAAGUAUUUUUAAAAAAGAAAAAAAUGGCAUUCGUUACAAGGGUGCCAUCCAACAGACUUAAUAAGAAUAAGCUCAUUCGACACCAUAGGAUUGCACUGUGCAUGUGACAUUCAUGCUGCAAAAGAGGGUGAGGCUGCCAGGGCUGUAAAGCAACUUGGAAGCACCAAGAAUCCACAAGAAGAGAUAUCUGAGAUCCAACCAUUUAUUAUUAUAGGAAUCGAAAGAAUUUGUUGUUAUUCCUGCAGGUUGUUUAUGUGGCCAGAAACCCAAAGGAUGUCUUGGUUUCCUUUUACCAUUUUUCCAAAACUAUAGUCAAAUUAGAAGAAGUAGAAGAUUUUGGAAUUUUCAUGGAGAGGUUUUUGGCUGGGAAGGGUAAGGACGAAUUGCUACUCUAAAAUGAAUCACUCUUGUCCCUUCAUCUUUAUCCUUUGACAACAGAUUAAAGAAUUUCUCUCUGUGUUAAGGAACCUUUUCAGAAUGCCAUGUCUGAUGCCAUAGGUUACUCUGAGGAAAUUCCACAUCCAUGCAUCACAAAGCGUCUCCAACUGAGACUCCAACUACACCAUUUUAUGCCACUGAUGACUGGUGUCCAUUGAUGCCGAAGGGAGGGUAUAGAUCUGGCCAACUCCCAAAGGAAAUCAGGUGGAUUUGUAUGCUGUCUGCACCAGGAUGCAGCAGCUACAAAUCAUUACAAGGUGGAGCCCCUAAUCCUUAAUCAAGUGUAGAGAUUUGUGUCAAGUUAAGUCAGAAACCCAGACAGUGUCUCUAAAUGUUGCAAGUAUUAACUUCCACACCAUAUAAGGAAACUGCCAGCGUGGGAAGGAAGGGGGCUGGAGGAAGGCUAGACUGACCUCAGCCCACCCAUCACUCUCUCAUCACACAGGGAUGGGAAGCACAGCAGGGAGCCUUAAAAUGCAGAACUCUUCUGCAAAUUCCUUCUCGGAGAAAGUGUUUGAUGAAGGUGGAUGGUAUUAAUUCAGCUUCUGUUUAAUGGUUUGUACCACUGCUGGUUCUUAAAAUGAUCCCUUAAAAUUGUUGUAAUGGACUUUAAACGUUCCUACUGCUUCCCUCUGAAUGUUGUUUUUUUUUUUAAAAAAAAAAAGUCUGAUCUACAUUUUAUGCCAAAUCAACUUCUCUCACAACAGUACUUGCAAGUUUAUGGCUGGACCAUGUGGAAGGCUGGUACACUCACAAGGAUGACUUCAAUAUUCUGUUUCUUACCUAUGAGGAAAUGAAGAAGGUAAGUUAUCAAAAUGCUAUCCAGUCUGAUAUUAAGCAUCCAGCAAACUCACCUUUACAAAAUGGAGGAAGGAAGCAAUUUGAUUAUUCAAGUGCCCUCAGCUGCUGCUUCCCCAGCUGGUCUCGCUUCCUUUCCAAAAGAUUUUUCAAAGCCGAGCAGGCCAUGGAUUCGGGUGCAGCUUUUCAGACCCUAGACUGCGAAAAGUGCACUGUAACCAUUUCCCCUGAGGGAUUAUGGGGCUAUAAAUAAAGUGUCAUGAUCCCAAGCAAGAUAUGUCAUUUCACAGGCCCUCUGAUGCUGAGGAGAGAUGUCACAGAACCCCCCUUGUGUCUGCAACAGGGACAUUUAUUUAUUUACUUGUGGACUCAGAGCUGCCCCAGAAUAUAAAGCAUUCUGCAUGGCUCAUGGAAUAAAAGCAACAAUGAAAGUAUAAUGCAAUGGCAAUUAUUACAAAGUAGGCAAAGAAAGAUGCAGGCUGCUUGUUUCCCCUGCUUGUAAUCCUGCCUUUUCCAUGAGUUUUAGUCUCUAGGCUGUCAGGUUUCUCUAUUGUGGGUGGCCUGACAUUAAAACCACGUUCCAUUUCAGGAUCUGAGAAGCUGUGUAUUGAAAUUAUGCAACUUCCUGGGAAAGAGACUGACGGAAAAGGAGUUGGAUGUUGUUGUGGAUCAGGCUACAUUUAAUAAAAUGAAAGCAGAUCCCAGGGCAAACUAUGAGUUCUCUCCACCAGAUCUCAUGGACCACAGCAAAGGACAUUUUCUUCACAAAGGUAAGUUAAUGGUAGAAAAACUGAUUUGGUGCUGCUUGUAGAAUCCCCUACAGAUUCACCCGAUAUUUACACUGAUAUGUGAUAGCUACCAAGUAAUGGUGAUUUCAUUUUUCCAGUCUUCAUGAAACUCUCACUUUCUGUAAUUUCCUAAUUUUAGAGUUGUUCUAUUAUGUACUUUCCCUGUUAUUUUUUCCUUGUUUAAAUAGGAGGUUUUCUUCACAAAGGUAAGUUAAUAGUAGAUCAAACUGAUUUGUGCUGGUGGCAGAAUCCCUGACAAUUUCACCUGACAAUUGCAUCUAGGGAUGGAAUAUAUCUGGAGUUGUGGAUAUUUAUUUGACCACCACAAUGCACUUUCUUUCUGUCUGCUUCCUGGGCCAGGCACUGUUGGAGACUGGAAGAACAUGAUGACAGUCGCACAAAGUGAAAAGUUUGACAGUGUUUUUAAGGAGAGAAUGGAAAAGCUGCCCUUCAAGUUCUGCUGGGACAUCCAUGAGGAAUCAUGA